AUGUCAAUGCCCUCCUACCCCCCCCCCAUGCAGUCCCCCACCCAAUGUGCUCCCCCAGCCAUUGGCUCCUACCACCCACUACAGUCCCCCACCCCAUAUGCUUCUCCAGCCAAUACCUUCCUACCACCCCAUGCAGUCCCCCAUCCCAUGUGCUCCCCCAGCCCAUGCCCUCCUACCACCCCAUGCAGUCCCCCACCCCAUGUGCUCUUCCAGCCAAUGCACUCCUACCACCCCAUACAGUCCCCCACCCCAUGUGCUCCCCCAGUCAAUGCCCUCCUACCACCCCAUGUGCUCCCCCAGCCAAUGCGCUCCUACCACCCCAUACAGUCCCCCACCCCAUGUGCUCCCCCAGUCAAUGCCCUCCUACCACCCCAUGUGCUCCCCCAGCCAAUGCGCUCCUACCACCCCAUACAGUCCCUCACCCCAUGUGCUCCCCCAGCCAAUGCGCUCCUACCACCCCAUACAGUCCCCCACCCCAUGUGCUCCCCCAGCCAAUGCCCUCCUACCACCCCAUACAGUCCCUCACCCCAUGUGCUCCCCCACCCAAUGCGCUCCUACCACCCUAUACAGUCCCUCACCCCAUGUUCUCCCCCAGCCAAUGCUCUCCUACCACCCCACACAGUCCCUCACCCCAUGUGCUCCCCAAGUCAAUGCGCUCCUACCACCCCAUACAGUCCCUCACCCCAUGUGCUCCCCAAGUCAAUGUGCUCCUCUCGCCAAUGUGCUUCUACUUUCCCAUGCAGUACCCCACUCCAUGUGCUUCCCAUGUCAAUGCCCUCCUACCACCCCAUGGGGUCCCCCACCCCGUGUGCUCCCCCAGCCAAUACGCUCCUCUCACCAAUGCGCUACUACCACCCACUACAGUCCCCCACCCCAUAUGCUUCUCCAGCCAAUACCUUCCUACCACCCCAUGCAGUCCCCCAUCCCAUGUGCUCCCCCAGCCCAUGCCCUCCUAUCACCCCAUGCAGUCCCCCACCCCAUGUGCUCUUCCAGCCAAUGCACUCCUACCACCCCAUACAGUCCCCCACCCCAUGUGCUCCCCCAGUCAAUGCCCUCCUACCACCCCAUGUGCUCCCCCAGCCAAUGCGCUCCUACCACCCCAUACAGUCCCCCACCCCAUGUGCUCCCCCAGUCAAUGCCCUCCUACCACCCCAUGUGCUCCCCCAGCCAAUGCGCUCCUACCACCCCAUACAGUCCCUCACCCCAUGUGCUCCCCCAGCCAAUGCGCUCCUACCACCCCAUACAGUCCCCCACCCCAUGUGCUCCCCCAGCCAAUGCCCUCCUACCACCCCAUACACUCCCUCACCCCAUGUGCUCCCCCACCCAAUGCGCUCCUACCACCCUAUACAGUCCCUCACCCCAUGUUCUCCCCCAGCCAAUGCUCUCCUACCACCCCACACAGUCCCUCACCCCAUGUGCUCCCCAAGUCAAUGCGCUCCUACCACCCCAUACAGUCCCUCACCCCAUGUGCUCCCCAAGUCAAUGUGCUCCUCUCGCCAAUGUGCUUCUACUUUCCCAUGCAGUACCCCACUCCAUGUGCUUCCCAUGUCAAUGCCCUCCUACCACCCCAUGGGGUCCCCCACCCCGUGUGCUCCCCCAGCCAAUACGCUCCUCUCACCAAUGCGCUACUACUUUCCCAUGCGGUCCCUAACCCCAUGUGCUCCCUAUGUCAAUGCCCUCCUACCACCCCAUGUGCUCCAAAAUCCAAUUCGCUCCUACCACCCCAUACAAUCCCCCACCCCAUGUGCUCCCCCAGCCAAUGCCCUCCUACCACCCCAUGUGCUCUUCCAGCCAAUGCACUUCUACCACCCCAUACAGUCCCCCACCCAAUGUGCUCCCCCAGUCAAUGCCCUCCUACCACCCCAUGUGCGCCCCCAGCCAAUGCGCUCCUACCACCCCAUACAGUCCCCAACCCCAUGUGCUCCCCCAGUCAAUGCCCUCCUACCAUCCCAUGUAAUCCCCCAGCCAAUGCGCUCCUACCACCCCAUACAGUCCCCCACCCUAUGUGCUCCCCAAGUCAAUGCCCUCCUACCACCCCAUGUGCUAACCCAGCCAAUGCGCUCCUACCACCCCAUACAGUCCCUCACCCCAUGUGCUCCCCCAGCCAUUGCGCUCCUACCACCCCAUACAGUCCCUCACCCCAUGUGCUCCCCCAGCCAAUACGCUCCUACCACCCCAUGUGCUCCCCCAGUCAAUGCCCUCCUACCACCCCAUACAGUCCCUCACCCCAUGUGCUCCCCCAGUCAAUGCUCUCCUACCACCCCAUACAGUCCCUCACCCCAUGUGCUCCCCAAGUCAAUGCCCUCCUACCACCCCAUACAGUCCCUCACCCAAUGUGCUCCCCAAGUCAAUGUGCUCCUCUCGCCAAUGUGCUUCUACCACCCCAUGCGGUCCCCCACCCCAUGUGCUUUCCAUGUCAAUGCGCUCCUACCACCCCAUACAGUCCCUCACCCCAUGUGCUCCCCCAGUCAAUGCGCUCCUACCACCCCAUACAGUCCCUCACCCCAUGUGCUCCCCAAGUCAAUGCGCUCCUACCACCCCAUACAGUCCCUCACCCCAUGUGCUCCCCAAGUCAAUGCGCUCCUACCACCCCAUACAGUCCCUCACCCCAUGUGCUCCCCAAGUCAAUGCGCUCCUACCACCCCAUACAGUCCCUCACCCCAUGUGCUCCCCAAGUCAAUGCGCUCCUACCACCCCAUACAGUCCCUCACCCCAUGUGCUCCCCAAGUCAAUGCGCUCCUACCACCCCAUACAGUCCCUCACCCCAUGUGCUCCCCAAGUCAAUGUGCUCCUCUCGCCAAUGCCCUCCUACCACCCCAUGGGGUCCCCCACCCCAUGUGCUCCCCCAGUCAAUGCCCUCCUAUCACCCCAUGUGCUCCCCCAACCAAUGCGCUCCUACCACCCCAUACAGUCCCUCACCCCAUGUGCUCCCCAAGUCAAUGCCCUCCUCUCGCCAAUGUGCUUCUACUUUCCCAUGCAGUCCCCCACUCCAUGUGCUUCCCAUGUCAAUGCCCUUCUACCACCCCAUGUGCUCCCCAUGUCAAUGCCCUCCUACCACCCCAAACAGUCCCUCACCCCAUGUGCUCCCCCAGCCAAUGUGCUCCUCUCACCAAUGCGCUCCUACUUUCCCAUGCAGUCCCCCACCCAAUGUGCUCCCCAUGUCAAUGCCCUUCUACCAACCCCAUUAGCUCCCCCAGCCAAUUCGCUCCUACCACCCCAUACAGUCCCUCACCCCAUGUGCUCCCCCAGUCAAUGCCCUCCUACCACCCCAUGCAGUCCCCCCCCCCCCGCCAACCCCGUGUGCUCCCCCAGCCAAUGCCCUCCUACCACCCCAUGCGAUCCCCAACCCCUAGGGCUCUCACAGUCAAAGUGCUACAACCACCCAAUGCGGUCCCCCAACCCGUUUUCUCCCAUAGUCAAUGUGCUACAACCACCCCAUGCAGUCCCCCCACCCGUGUGUUCCCCCAGCCAAUGUGCUCCUACAAAUCCAUGCAGUCCACCAGCCAAUGUGCUUCUACCACCCCAUGUUGUCCUCCCAACCCAUGCGGUCCCUCAGCCAAUGCGCUCCUACCACCCAUUGCAGUCCCCCUCCCAAUGUGUUCCCCCAGUCAAUUCCUUACAACCACCCCAUAUGGUCCCCCCAGCCAAUGCGCUCCUUCCACCCCAUACACUACACCCCAUGUGGUCCCCCAACCCCUGUGCUCCCCCAGUCAAUGCGCUACAACCACCCCAUACAGUCCCUCACCCCAAUGUGCUCCCCCAUCCCAUGCUCUCCUACCUACCUGUGUUCUACAUUACAAAUAA